AGACCAGUGUGACUUGCAUGAAAAGAGCAAUGUCAAUUUAGCCCCUACAUUAAAAGAGCAGCAGCCAAAUUGUCAAUUCAUCUUGCUUGGGUGAUCCUCUUUCCUUGGGAUUGUGUGUGUCAAAGGUCCCUUACAUCAGAUGGGGCAAACUCUAACGAAAGGCAAGAUCAAGAGCAAGAGAAAGCCAAAGUUUGAUUCAAAGGAGGAAUAUUUCAUUAAAAAUGGCGGUAUUUUGUUGGAAAAACAAUUUGCUUUGAGCCAAGGCCACCAUAAGGGAGUUGGGCAACUGAAGAUUUUCUCGAGCAAGGAUAUUGAAAAGGCUACAAACAACUAUAACCCUAAUUAUUUGUCUGGCACUGAUGGUAAUAAAUAUAUCCUUUAUAGAGCAACCAUCGAUGAUCGUGCUGUAGCAAUCAAAGCCCCAUUUGAGCCAGAACCAAAGCCCGAAUUGAGAGAUCUUUCUUUGACUGCAGCCUCAACAGUGAUGGUGAUGAAUCAUGACAAUAUGAUAAAACUGUAUGGUUGUUGCCUUGAGACUUUUGUACCAAUACUAGUUUAUGAAUUUCCACCUUGUGCAAACCUCUUUGAUCAUUUACAUACUAAUAUAGCAUCUAACAAACGUGUUAUAACAUGGAUCGAUCAUUUGCGGGUUGCAACUGGUACAGCCUAUGCCCUAUCUUAUAUGCACACUGCCUUGCCAAAGCCAGUGGUGCACAGAAAUGUGAAAUCAUUGAGUAUAUUUUUUGAUGAUUCAUUCCGUGCCAUAUUAACAAACUUUGGCUACUCAGUGUCCAUUACUCCAGGGGAGAAUACCAAGGGAUGGCCUGUCAAAGGAACACCGGGAUAUCUUGAUCCCGAAUAUGUAGAGACUCGGGAGGUGACAGAUAAAUGUGAUGUAUAUAGUUUUGGGGUUUUAUUGUUGGAGCUGCUAACCAGAAGGCCACCCUGUGUUAUGGCCGAAAAUGGGAUUGACUUGGUAAGCGUGUUUGUUUCUAUGGUGGAAAAAAAUUGUAUGAUGGAGAUCAUAGACAGUGAGGUCUUGGUACAAGCGAGUAGGGAUGAUAUUCAAAGGGUUGCACAACUUGUAUUGAAAUGUGUUGCAAAGGAAGGAGUACAAAGACCGACAAUGGUUGAAGUAGUUAGAGAGCUUUGGCUGAUGCAAGAUCAAAGCAUUGAGUAAACAAAAGGAUGGCACUCUAAAGUCUCCUUUGACUAAUUAAUGAUGUAUGUUUUGUUUUAUUUUAUUCAAUGUAGUAUAUACUACAGUACCCAGUUCGUACAUUUUUUUUUUAGAAAAGUUACACGUUAGUUUAUUUGGACAAUGAUUCUCUCUAUCUCUUUCUUCAUUAUAUUAAUCUCUUUUUAAAGUCAUGUAAUAGCUUAGACAAUUUCUAUCUCAUAUUUUGAAUCUCUUAUGAUUCUUGUAUGUAAUGAACAAACAACUUUUUUUUUUUUUU